CUAUUGUGAAGGAUGUGUGGCUGCACUGCAAGUACUCAGAACUCAAAACUAUAUUCCGUAAAUCAACCUGGUGCUGCUUCGACCCAAAAAACAACUUCCGCUACCGCAAACAUGCCCAAACGCACACCUAUAUCCAAGCAGCUGGCUUCUGUGAAAGCUCUAGGGAAAGGCUCAGACCUGGAGAAAGCAUUUGCUACUGUGGCCUUGGUUUACAACAACUCUGCUGACCCUGAGGGCAAACUCAGCAAAGCUGAAACCAAAACCCUGCUGCAAACCCAGUUUGUGAAUUUCAUACAGGGCCAAGAAAGCAAACCAAAAUACCAGGAAAUCAUUUCUGCCCUUGACGAGGAUAAAGAUGACAAAAUUGAUUUUGAAGAUUUCAUGAUCUUGCUCCUCAGCGUCGCUCUGAUGUCAGACCUCCUGCAGGAGAUCAGAAAUGUCAGCACCACGAAAUGAGCCGUUCUCCCUGCAGAGACUGAAAGGAAGAGCUGUGUACAUAAAGGAAGGAGCAGCCAGGAAUGGGAAAACAGGAAUAAAUGGCAAAUAUUUGGA